CCGUCGCCGUGGCAACGCGGCCUGGUGGCUGCUGGAGCUCGCCCGAAGCCUCACGCUUGCUGGUAGAUGGCGGCCUACGCCGUGCCGAUGAUCCCGGUGCCCCUCGCGGGCCUUCCCCUCCUGAAGGCGACCCACGUCCAGCUGGGGACCAAGCACUGGGCGCCGGCCAGCGCCUGUCAGCCAUUUUCUCACACCCAGUUCCCCCCUCACUGGGGGGUUUACAGGCCGGCACCGGCCGGCUGCCCUGCAGGAGUGGCGCUAGGCCCGUCCUGGGGUGGCGGUGAGGAAUUCUGCUCGAAAACUCGCUCGACGUUUCCAAACAGGCUUUUGCAGCCGGUUGCCCUGGCUGAUCCCCCAAAGUCACAUGUCCGCAUGCAUGCAGACCCCAGCAUCCGCAUCCUCACCUCGAUGAUGAGGCAGAGCUUCCCCUGCCCUCCCACCCCCCUUCAAAGACACCCGCAGUCCACAGCCAAGAAAUGGAAGGAUAACUUCCCUUGUGGAGACAGAGAGAAAAUAAGGCUCCCUACAUCCAUCUACACCUCCUCAUGCCCAGCACAUGAGAUCCAGCCCCCUCCCAGGCCAUGGCAUUUGCACAGGGGAUGUGUUCCCAUUAUUGAUGAGGCUGGAGCACCCUAUUACCACACUUCUUAUCAAGCACAGUUUAAGGGUGAAUGGACCCCACCUGCAAAGCCAAGUGAAAAGCACGUGUCUCAUAUUAAUUUUGGGGAUCACAGAAGCAGCGGAGCUGUGAGCAAGCAGAAACAUGCCUACAGUGCACCAGACAAGAGGACACACAGAGUCUAUGACAAGGAACAUGCUGCCUCGCAGAUCUACCGCAUGAACCUGCAGCUGGGGGAUGGCUGCAUCGGAUUCUCCACCUCGACGUCAGAGCACUUCCCAGUACGCGAUCCAGAGCAUGUAACUAUUGCCCGUCCAAACAUGUUUGCCUCAUCCAUCCCCAGAGGCGAUGAAGACCCUGAGAGAAAUAAAGCAUCGGCAAGUGCUACUACUACGAAGCUCUCCUACCCAGAGACUGACAGGUGGAACCUUGCACCGAAGCCUGACUUGCCACUUCAGAAACAUCGAAGCAACAUCUGCUUGGGAGAUCAGCAUUCAGGCUCCUGUUUCUUCAGCAUAACACAGCAGUCAACUUAUCAGCCGCCCCGCCAGAGCCAGAGGGUGACGGCAGACAGCAAGAGACACCGUGAGAGCCACAUCCCCUUCAACUACCACAAUGAAAGUUCUGUCACAACCACACAGGCCAUGCUGGUCCCACACAGACAGCAGAAACAACGACUCUCUGAAGACAUGCUACAGCAGUUGAAAUGCUCACACCUGGAGCUACCCUGGAGGACACAGGAUCGCUUCAGGACUGAACAGAAAGAUAAGUUCAUGUCCAAGCCAGGGGUCCCAGCAGAAAUCCAAAAGGGAAACUCCCAAGUGAGUUGCGUCCCCCUUGGAACCUUUUAAAAAUACUGUCCCUGGAGGAAGAUUUUGAUGCAACUUCAGACGCAGAAAGUAAAACUAGCUUUUGGGAUAAGGGUCUUCAUUUUCUAAACUCCUCUCCCACACCUUCCAGCUAUGCCCCAGGAAUGCUUGAACUGGGAGGGCCAAACAGCCUGCCUGCGAUUCCCCCAGCUAUGUGGAAUCUGCCAGCACGGUUGGGUGGUGCGUGACACCCCUCC